GAUGGCUCAAAAGGGGGGUGACCAACACAGCUGGUGUGCGGAAUAACCCGCCCAAUUUCGCUCACUUGCAACACCGGCAAAUUCCCGCAAACUCGAAUGAUCCGCGGGUCAGCCACGCUAUUGGAUUGCUUGGCCACAUCAUGAAUGAAGCUCCUUUCUAUAUAUAUCUAUAUGAGUGUACUAAAGUCCUUUCCUGCUAGAUGUAUCCGAGUACUUCAAUCUGUCAUUCAAUUUGUUCAUCAUGUCUCCAACGAAAAUAGUUCCUCUGCAAUCAGGUACGAGCAGCAAAGAUGAUUGUGUCAUUCAGCACCGACCAGCGGUUCUUCCUCCCAAUGUCACCCCCGAUAUCUUCGACAAAUUCAUUCGACAAGUCUCCGACUUGAUCGGCGCCGAAAAUGUUCAAAUUGUCACUUCAAAAGAUAAUCUCGAUGACGGGUCGUACCAACAUCCAACAUAUACUCAUGAUCCACACCAUGUCCUUGAGCAAGACUUUUUCUUAGCAUCUUCAAUCGUCGCACCACGCAACGUCUCCGAUGUUCAGAACAUCCUCCGAUAUGCAAACGCACUACCAAUACCUCUGUGGCCAAUAUCCAUUGGCAGAAAUUCUGGGUAUGGAGGCGGCGCUCCCCGUGUUACUGGUAGUGUUGUGAUAAACAUGGGAAAACAUCUGAAUAAGAUACUGGAGGUGAAUGUUGAGGGCGCAUACUGUGUUGUGGAGCCUGGUGUGACCUUCACAGACAUGCACAAUUAUCUCGUCGAAAACAAUCUUCGGGACAAGCUCUGGAUUGACGUUCCUGACCUAGGGGGUGGCUCAAUCCUUGGGAAUACUUUAGAACGUGGUGUCGGAUAUACUCCUUAUGGAGAUCACUGGAUGAUGCACAGUGGUAUGGAAGUUGUACUGCCUUCUGGGGAACUGCUUCGGACAGGCAUGGGUGCACUUCCUGCGCCCAGGGUACCGGAAACUAUGGGACUGAAACCGGAAGAUCAGCCAUUCAAUAAGACUGCUCAGCUCUUUCCGUAUGGCUUCGGUCCAUAUAUCGACGGGCUCUUUAGUCAAUCAAACCUGGGUAUAGUGACAAAGAUCGGCAUGAGCCUUUUCCCCAACCCCGGUGGAUAUCAGUCGUACCUCAUUACGAUCCCUCGAGACGAAGACUUGCAACAAGCUGUUGACAUUAUCAGGCCACUUCGCCUGUCCAUGGUACUCCAGAACGUACCAACGCUCAGGCAUAUCCUGUUGGAUGCUGCGGUUCUGGGAAACAAGACUAAGUAUUCGGCAAAGUCGGAACCACUCUCCGACGAGGACAUGGAUGGCAUCGCGAAGGACCUGAAUCUGGGUAGAUGGAACUUCUAUGGAGCUUUGUAUGGACCUGACCCGAUCCGAGCAGCUCUUUGGAGUGAGAUCAAGCAAGCAUUUAGUCAAAUUCCGGGAGCGCAGUUCUUUUUCCCUGAAGAUACACCAGACGACUCGGUUCUGCGUGUCCGAGACAAGACACUGCAGGGUAUUCCGACAUACGAUGAACUUAAGUGGAUCGACUGGGUUCCAAACGGGGCUCAUCUCUUCUUCUCACCAAUUGCGAAGUGCGCAGGAGAUGAUGCCAUGAUGCAGUAUAGCAUUACGAAGAAGCGAUGCCAGGAGGCUGGUCUAGACUUUCUUGGUACAUUCACCGUAGGCCUGAGGGAAAUGCACCACAUUGUGUGUAUUGUCUUUGACAAAACAUCUGCAAAAGAGAAACGAAAAGCGCAUUGGCUUAUUAGGACGCUUAUUGAUGAUUGUGCGGCACAUGGCUGGGGUGAAUAUCGUACGCACCUUGCUGUCAUGGAUCAGAUUAUGUCGACUUAUUCAUGGAAUGAUAACAUUCUGCUGAAAUUCAACGAAGUCCUCAAGAAUGCGAUUGAUCCAAAUGGAAUCAUUGCUCCUGGGAAGUCAGGAGUUUGGCCAAAACAGUAUAAUAAGCAGGAGUGGAAGUUGUAGAUUAGUAAUUAGAGAGCGAUAUUUACAUGAAUCAUCUGCAGCAGGAUGUAAACGCUAAGUCAGGAUAGGUCUGGUGUGCGGGGUCCCCGCAAUGUUCUAAAGUUCAUUAAUGUGCACUGCCUGCCACCCAGUCGUGCCACUCCUGCCCGUCCCCUUGCUCAUAAUUAUCCCUGGUUUUAUAUGCUUUUCAAGAAC